AAGUUGACUUGACUUGAUAGUAAGGGGCCAGUUAUAGCUAUCAGUAAAAUGCAUCAGUAAAAUUUGAAACAGGAGGAAUUUGAAAUGUUUUACUGAUGAGCGAUCAUAGCAAUCAGUAAAUUUACGUCAUUAAAUUAAAUGUCACUUUGAAGUUUCUAUUUGAAGAGUUCGUUUUGUUAUUCAUUUGUUUGUUAUCGUUUGUGCUUCUGUGAAAUUAAGUUGAUCUUAUCAUGGGUCGUGCAAAAAAUAAACAAAAUUUAUUGAUUGCAACAGCUUUGUGUAUAAUAAAUAAAAGAUCUUCUCAAAAAAUACGACGCUUUCAAGUACACCCGCUUUUCCAUGCUCGGAAGAUACAUGGCGAAUAUUUUUCACUUAUUGAGAGACUCGAGUUGUUCCCAAUUAAGUUUUUUGAGUACUUUCGGAUGAGCCGUCAGCAGUUCCAGUGUAUACUUUUAAAAAUACGAAGUGAUAUCCAGCCUAGAUUUAAUUUGUUUCGAAACGAUACCAUAAGUGCAAAGGAGAAACUUUGUUUGACUUUAAGAUUCCUCGCUACGGGAGCUAGUUUCGCGGACCUAUCUUUCCGAUUUUUGAUGGGAAAAACAACAGUCAGAUGGUGUAUAAUGCAGACUAUUCAGGCAAUCAACAAGCAUUUUACAGACUUGGUUAUGCCAGUCCCCGAAAGCCCCAGUUUUUGGAAAGAAAUUUCUUUGGAUUUUUUGUCAAACUGGAAUUUUCCCAACUGUCUUGGAGCUGUUGAUGGAAAGCAUGUGAAAAUGUUUGCCCCAAGAAAGUCCGGCAGUUUCAAUUUCAAUUAUAAAAAAUGCUUCUCAACAAUUCUGAUGGCAGUUGUUGAUGCAAAUUACAAAUUUAUUAUGGUAAGCAUUGGAGCCCACGCAUCUAACGCAGACUCGACUGUUUUUGCUUCAUCUAACUUUGGAAAAGCUUGGCUAAGCAACCCAAAGUCAUUAUUUGUUCCUGCUGACCAAAAAUUGCCAAGCACAGAAAAUUGUCUACCCUUCGUUCUUGUGGGAGACGAAGCAUUUGGCCUCCGAUAUAAUUUGAUGACUCCCUUCCCAGGUUCUCAUUUGACCACCAAGCAAAGGAUUUUUAACUACAGACUCUCGAGAGCAAGGCGAAUUGUGGAAAGCACAUUUGGUAUUUUAGUCCCCACUUGGAGAGUUCUGAUAAAACCUCUCAAAUUCAAAUGGAUCUGGCAAAACCCCUAAUUCUUUGCUGCUGCGUGCUGCACAAUUUUUUGCAGAAUGAAAAAGAACACUUGAAUCCUUCCCAUUUUCAAGAUGAAUUUUCAGCGCAGUUGGUGGAUCAGGAUGCAAGAAAUGCCGAACCAGCAUCGAUGGCUGUUAAUAUCAGAAACGCAUUUUCCUUGAAACCUUGAUUACCAGUGGGAGAGAAUUUAAAGCAAAAUUAUUUAAGUUUUUUAUUCAAAAUUUUAUUUAAUAAAUAAAUAUGAAAAUAUUCUUCCUUAAAACUUAAUCUAAUUUCGAUUUCACAGCAACUUAGAGCUACUUUUAACUUAACAUAAAUCCAUACAAAAAAACAAAACAUCACUUCAGUAAAAAAAAAAACAGUUAAUAACAAACGUAAAUCAUACAAAAAAAAAAAACAAAACAUUACUUCAAUAUAAAAAAUAUCACAUUCAUUCAGAAAAAAAAAGAAAUUCAAACUUAUGUUUGAGCACCAGCCAAGUGCUCGGCCAUUUUCUUGCCCAAAAUGGAAAGUAUCCUCGAUUGGAACCGAACAAUUCUUUGCGGACUAAAAUCCGAUACCUGGAGUGCGACGUUCUCCAUGAACAGCUCCAUCGGGCUCCUCACCUCCUUGUUUUCUAUUGCUUUGAGCACUCUGUCCAGAGGCUCUUCAAUAUGCCUCUUUUGGGCUUUGUUCUUUCGAAUAUGACUUCCAAAUUCGAUGAAUUGUGUUGUUUUUGGCUAUAAUUACCACAAUCACUAAAAGUAAAAAAAAUGAUUAUCUCCCCUAUUUUAUCAGAUUCCGAUUAUACUUACUCGUCUUACUAAUUCCAUAACUAUAAACUUACCAGGCCUUCCCAAGACAAGGGAUAUACAUAUCCCCCCAAGCAUUUAUUCGUGCCAUUUUGUCUGAAUACUUUUGGUCGUCUUUGGCAUAAAGACACAUAUGGUUUUUCACUUCAAGUAUUAAUUUGGUUUCAAACUCUUUUUUUGAAGUCAUUUUUGUUAUUUUUUUAAUUUGUUUUGCUAGAAAAAUGUUGUUUACUUUCGAUCAUAACAUCGAGCUUCGCGCCUCAGACAAUUUUUUUGCUGUUGCUUUCAUCAGUAAAAUUUUUAAUGAUGUGAUCGGAACAGCAAAAAAUUGAAACACGAACAAUAAAACGAAAUGGAAUUUCUUUUGACUUUUGGCAGUCAGCUGUUCAGUAAAAUGAAAUUUCAUCAUUAAAAAAAUUAAAAUGGAUUUAUAAAUUAAAUAAAACUUUAAAUGCAUUGUUUCUUUUUGAAAAAAAUACUUCAAUAUAGGAUUCAUCUUAUUGCAUCAAUCUUUUGUUAGAAAUAAAUCUAUAACACGCUCAAAAACUAAAAACAAAAAUUUUACUGAUGGAUUUUACUGAUAGCUAUAACCGGCCCCUUAGGGAGAUUUUUCUUGACUAAC